GCUUUCCAGCGGCGCAGCUACCACUUCGUACACUUCGUACACUUCGUACAGUACAGUAGCACCAACAUGUCAAGCCUUGUAAGGGAGGAUGAACCAAGAUCGUUUCUUGAUUCAGAGAAGGGGGUGGAGCGUUCAGCUGUGAUCACGUAAAGUGCGUUGAUCCAUAUCAAGUCUGCAGUUCCCUUUUCUGUGCUGGGUUUCCUUCCCUCCUUCCCUCCUUUCCGCUCGUCUUCUUUCUUUCCUGUCCUUUCUUGCUGCUGCUGCUGUUCGUUCUCAAGGCAACAUUCAACCAUGAAGCCCAGCAUAUCUCUACCAACCCUCCUCACCCUCCCCUUCCUCUUCCCCCUCAUCUCCUCAACCUGCUACCUCCCCGACGGCACCCUCGCCCCGGGCGCCUACCGCUGCAACAACGCGACCUCGGGCGCCUCGACCUGCUGCGAAAUCGGCUCCGUCUGCUGGUCCAACGGCGUCUGCCAGAAGCAAACCAACGGCAUCACAGACUGGAUUCGGCUCGGCUGCACAGAUCCCACAUGGAGCGAUCCGGCGUGUCUGCACGCGUGCAUGGACAUCACGAAGAAUGCGGUGGGCGUGAGACCGUGUGGGGGCAUCACGGGCACGAGUUAUUGUUGUGAUUUGACGCCGGGGGAUCCGGGGAAUAUGAGUUGUUGCUCCACGACCGCGGAUCUGUUUAGCGUGCCGGCCGCGACGGUGGAGGCUACUGUGCUUGCGGUGCCGGUUUCGACUUUCGUGAGUAGCUCGAGCUCGAGUUCGAGUUCGAGUUCUUCGGCGACGAGCUCAGCGACUCCCGUUUCGACGGCGAGUUUGGUGUCGAGUACUUCUUCACCGCCAGCAGCUUCGUCAACGGGCUCCUCUGGACUUUCAACGGGUGCUCAGGCAGGUAUUGGGAUCGGCGUCUCAUUAGGCGUCAUCUCAGCCGCGGCCCUGGGAUUCUUCUUCUUCUGGCGUCGACGGAAGAAUAGCAACGGAUACAACGCCACGAGCCCCAAGACCUCUGAACAAGGGUAUAACUCUGAGCCUGGACAAUGGACUGGAACGGGGUAUGGCGGGUGGAACGCAUUUGCGGAGCCCAAGCCCAGUUACGGGCAGCAGGGACAGGUGUGGAGUUCUGUGACGCCGGCUCCGGCUGCGAGCGCGCCGCCGGAGGAGUUGGAGGACACGGAGUUGAGGUCCCCGGCUGAGUUGAGUAGUCCCGGACAUGAGUAUCAUGAGUUGGAGACGCCGAGGACGAGGUGAUGGAUGGAGGAGUGGGAGGGAGUGCAUAUAUUUCAUGAGGCGUUUCGGGAGGCUUGAGUGUGGAGACAUAUCGCCUGGUUGGGAUGGAGUAGGAGGAGUU